AUGAGACUAGGUGCCUUUGUACAGCGUCCCAUCGCGUUGCCUGGUGCUGAACAUUAUCCCGAAUGGUACACUCAUUUCAUUGCCAGGUGUGAAAGUCAAGUGCCAGUUCUUAACGCUGAAUUGGCUGCCAGCAGAGCUGGUACGAUGAUGGGUGGUUUGCUGUGUUCAGUUUUAUUCGUUUUCAUCUUAACGGCGAUUUCAAAUAUGCAAAUGUCGUCUGUUGGUGACAGUGCUAAAGUCGGUCUUAUCGAAGUGGUGAUUUGUCUUCUUCUUGCAGCGCUUACUGCUGCUUCUGUUCAUCGUGUCGCAGUGACGGUAUGA